CACAGACUGCCGUUGCAUUUCUCUCUCUCUGUAUAUAUACUUCGCAGGUGGUAUCAAAACAUGGCUUGCAGUAGUGGAGGAGAGUACCCUUUGACUAGUUCGUCUUCUCCUUUCCCUUCUCAGUCUCCUCCGACCAAUCGAAGGGGAAGACAUUCUGUGGCUUUCUCAUCCCUGGCUUUCCAGAAGACAAUGACAAGUGGCCAGGCUGGUUUCAGGAGGAAAAACUCAAGUCAUCCAACUACCUUAUUGGAGUUGGCACAGCCUACUACUAAAAAGGCAAAUCUAUCUGCUAGAAGGAAGGAAAGUAUAAAGUUGCCAAAUUAUGUUGAUGGUCAUGGGAGGAUCUAUCCUAUCAGUGAAUUUCUAAGUCAUCCAUCUGGAGUUGAAGCUAUUUUGAACACAAGGGCCUUGCAAAGUUUUGAAUCCGUAGAUUUAAAGACUUACAGGUGCUCUCUGCCAAAAAUUCAACUUCUAAAAUUUGAAGUAGCACCUGUGCUGGACUUGCGGGUGACUGCAACGAAUGAGGAUUGCACAGUUGAGAUGUUGUCCUGCAAGUUUCAGGGUUCUGAGGCUGUAGAGCGCCAAAAUGACCAUUUUUCAGCAUUCAUGAUAAAUCACAUUAAGUGGGAUGCAAAUGGUUCUGAGCCAUCUUUGGAUGUUGAUGUGAAGUUGAAUCUCACUCUUGAGAUAAACACGCUGCCAUUUACGUUGCUUCCAAUAUCUGCUGUUGAAAACCCUGGAAAUUUAAUCAUGCAAACUCUGGUGGAUAAACUUGUUCCAAUGCUUCUUGAGCAGCUACUCCAAGAUUAUGAGAAGUGGGUUCAAGAGCAAUGUGAAAUAUCUCCAUGAAAUUUCCCAUCUGGUCUUGCAUUGAGUGACUAUGAUGACAGGUACCAAAGAUAGGUUUAGUGGAUGGAUCAUGGAUGGUCCAUAAAGAUACUGUAGCAAGAAGUCGGCUCGGGGAUAUAUGUCAGGGUUGAGAAAUGUUCACGUUAAAAGAGUGCAUGAAUAUCAUAGAAGUAAAUUACGAGGUUCGAGUGGCUAACUCUGUGUGACUAACUAGUGCAGUGCCAUUAGUAAAUAUAUUUGGCAAAAUACUCACAGGAUGGCUCUUCCUACCUGUUGUUUGGCAUUAUAGCAGUUAAGAGGGCCCAAGGAUCUAAUAUCUAAUGCAUUGAGCUGAAAUUUUGAUUAUAUAGCUUUGGAUAAGGCAAGGGCCGUUCUUAAAUACUUCUUUUC